AUGGCCACCAACUCCGAGCAGUACUGGCGCAGGCAGCUGGUGCAGACGGAGGCCGAGUACGAGCAAAUUAUUCAGGGCCUGCGUGAUGAGGUGGAGCGGCAGCAGCGCCGCUGCGGCGACCUCGUGCACGAGCAGGCGAUGCAUCGCGCCACGGUUGCCGCCGAUAUUCGUGACUUCUGUCAGCAGUACGUGGCGAACGCUAAUCAGCAGCAGCAGCAGCAGGCGAGGUGGGGGACGGCGGCCACACGGAUGCUGCAGGGCGUCAAGAAGGACGCCGACAGUAUUCCGCUUCCGGCCCUCUUAACCUUCCUGCACGAGUAUAGUCACGGGUUGCUUCAACUCCCCGAGAACCGUCGGAAACGCCUCCGCCAGGACACGCAACUCAGCCCACUGCAUCACCGACUGCGCCAACGCAUGCUGGCGCAUCACCGGCGAACGGGCAGGGAAGAUGAGUUGAUGGAGGAAUGGUGCAGCGGGGAGUACGGCGACGGCAGUGGCGUCAUACUGCCGAACAUGCCGUCGUUGAGCGCAUCAUCUCCAGCAUGGCCGACGACGGUGCUACCGCGCUACGCGGAUCCGGAAGGAAAGCAGCCAAUGGUCCCUGCAAACGGAGGAGGUAGCCCUGACGGCGACGGGCCACCAUCUCCUCGACGCAGUGGUGUCAACAGCGGGGCGAUCGCAGCAGGUGGCGCGGCGGUGCCAACGCGAAAGGCGAGCGCCACCGCGGGUGGUGGUGUCAUCAACAGCGGAGGCGAAAGCGGCCCGGUGAUGGCUGCCUCAGCGUUCGGCCUUCCCUCACUGUCGCCUCGAUAG